AUGAUCCAACAUCCAGACAGUAGAUACAUUGAUCUUGUCAAGAUCGAAAUUAAAGAUCAGCCAGCCCAUUGUGCUUUUGUAGAAGCUGAGACUGAUGGAAAACCUUGGUAUAUGGACAUUAAGAUGCUCUUGGAAAAAGGAGAAUAUCCCGAAGGAAUCACUUUAAAUCAGAAAAGGACUAUCAGAAAAUUGGCAAAUGGUUUCUUCCUCAGCAAGAAUGUUCUGUGCAAAAGAACUCCAGAUUUGAGAUUGCUUCGGUGUGUUGACUCUUUCGAAGCUACAAGACUGAUCGAAGAGGUGUAUGCUGGAACCUGCAGGCCCCACAUGAAUGGGUUUGUGCAAGCAAAGAAAAUUUUGAGAACAGGCUAUUAUUGGAUGACCAUAGAAAAUGACUGCAGCAAAUUUGACCAGAAGUGCCAUAGGCGUCAGAUUCAUGAGGACUUGAUAAAAGUUCCCCCAACAGAACUAAAUACUAGGACAUCGUCUUGUCCAUUUACCGCUUUGGGGAUGGAUGUCAUAGGACCAAUUGAGCCAGCCACGUCAAACAAAUAUCACUUAAUCUUGGAAGCUGAGUUGGAUGAUGCGGAAUGGAUCCGUAAAAGGUAUGAGCAGCUGGCUCUAAUAGAUGAAAAGAGGAUGAUCGCUGUUUGCCAUGGUCAGUUGUACCAGCAUAGAAUGGCGCGUGCUUUUAACAAGCGUGUGAGAACUAGAGUGUUUCAAAUUAGGCAAUUGAGCAUAGUAAUUUUGCAAGAGAAAAGCUUUUAA